AUGGGGACAACUAUGACAAUGAGGAACUCGCCAUCCAAGGUGAUAUUGACCGUGACAUAUUUGGUCAUUGUCAUACUGGUAUUUAUUUACCUAAAACCUACACCCGGACAAGCUUUAGUGCCAUCUUCAAUACACAACGCGGCUCAAUCGGGAAGAACGGGCAGAACGCUUGUUCAUAUCGCCGCCCGGGACAGAGCAAACUGUCAACCAAACAGAACGCAUUUAUUGGAACUCAAGGAACGAUAUGAACUCAACGAUUCCUUCAAAUAUGCGAAGCGACUUGUGCAUUUCACGCGAAAGCACAAUAUCCAAAGGAAGAGCAUGACCAACCUUCCACAGCAACUUCUCAACGGAGACUUUCAAAUCAUCAACACUCAGUCGCAUAUGAAGCACAAAAUUCCUGGGUGCUCAAAACCCCUCGAAGUACCAGUAUCGACGUCCCCGUUUCCCCAGAAUGUCGACGCAUCAGAUUUCAUGUUUGGAAUCUCAACCACGUAUGAACGGUUCAUGGAGUCAUCGACAAUUCUUCUCAGCGACUGGGCGUACUGGCUUACAGAUGGGGUUGGCCGGUCCAACGGAGGCAAAAUGAUCCUCGUUCUCAUAGAUGCAGACACGGAUGAACUCAAACACGCGAAGAGCUUCCUCACCAAGGCGGGAAUCAACGCCGACACCAUCACGGCCAACUCGUCGCUGCCCAUGGCCACGAGAUACCUCUCCCUUUUACCUACAAUGUACGCCCACCGCGACGCCAGGAACAAAAAGUGGUUUGUGCUCUGCGAUGACGAUACCUUCUUCCCCAGUAUGCACGCGCUAAAGCAGAGACUUGCCGAGUACGACCACAAGCGAGAGAUGUACAUUGGCGCACUGUCGGAAGAUAUAGUUGCCAUUCAGAAACACGGGUCGCAAGCAUUCGGCGGUGCUGGCGUGUUUCUCUCACCACCAACAGCAGAGAGAAUGUCGAGAGUGUUCUCGAACUGUACCACCGAGGAGAAGUUGCUGGAAGCGGAUUGGCAGGGCGAUCGACUCUUGCACCAGUGUAUAUUAGAAAACUCAGACACGACACUGACCACGAUUCCGGACCUCUGGCAACUAGACAUGUUUGGUGACCCGGAAGGCUUUUACGAAUGGGGCACGAGACCGCUCUCCCUUCACCACUACCGAAGCUGGCACCAUGCCACGCCGAGCUUGUAUUCAAAAGUCGCGUAUAUCUGCGGCGAGGACUGCACGCUGCAGCGGUUCCAAACAAACGACGAUUACAUUAUUUCGGGGUACUCCAUUGCCCAUUAUCCGGGGGGAAUUACAUUCGACACACACGCUAUAGAAGCGAGUUUUCGGGCAGAGCACGAAAAAGGGUGGAACUUUGACUAUAAAUUUGGACCGCAGCGGAAAGCGCUCAAAAAGACGGGGAGGAAGAUUUCGUGGGAGUUGAAGGAGUCGAGUAUCCUGGAUGAUGGGUGCGUGCUGCAGACGUAUAUUCGUAGGGGGAAUGAUACGCGGUGGGUGACUGAGAGUGGUGAGCCGAUGGAUAGUAGUGAUGGCGUGAUAGAGCUGGUUUGGGGGGCGAGUGGGAAGUGA